AUGAUAACCAUUGAAACAAUUAUCGUACUAAUAUUGUGCACAGCCGGUUCAUUCGGUCACUUAUUUGCAAUCACCAUACUAUAUUCGAUGCUUGAUCCGAGUAAUUUGCUUUUAAUAAGCAUGUCAUGUGCUCAACUGAUUUUAUGCAUGAAUUAUCUCUACAGCACCUUAUAUAAAUUUCUCGCUGAUGUUCAAUGCGUGUCAACUCUUUGGUCAUAUGGAUGGGUUUCCGUAAAUAUUUCUGUUAUUGCACAUACGAAUGGUAUGUUUCAUGUUGUAGCAUUAUCAAUUUUACGGUACAUAUCACUGAACCAGCUCACACAAAUUCAUUCAACUCAACCGUGGUUCACGAUAAAAAAAAGUAUCUAUUCGAUAAUUAUCAUUAUAUUCUGUGCUCUCAUAGUCUGUGUACCAUUCUUAUUUAAUUCGGAAGUUCGCGGAGUGCAGCAACAUGCUACUUGUACUAAGCAAAAUCCAUCAUUGGCAAAUAUUUCAUCACAUGAACUUGCUUUCACUAGUUUUGCAAUGAGUAUCUCACUGGGUCGCAUUAAUUUUUGGAUUUUCGGCACAAUAUGCAAACUCGUUCCAUGCUCAGUUCUAGUCUUAAUGAGCAUUUUAUUGCUUAAAAAACUUAAGGAUAUUCAUAAUAUAUCGGAACGAUUUAUGUCAGCUUCCAGAGAAAAGGUCCACAGUAGGACAACGAUUAUUAUAUUGAUUAUAAUGGUUGUAUUCGUUUUUGUGGAGCUUCCACAAGGGAUUCUUUCCUUAAUUUCAUCGAUAAGCGGAUAUAAUCUUUUGGAUAACACCGGCGAAUUAUUCGAUAUAUUGUCACUAUUGAAUUCGUGCAUUGUAUUUGCGUUGUUGUGUUCGAUGAAUAGUCGUAUAAGAAAUACAAUAUUUAAUGGGGUAUUCUCACUGCUUCGUUGCCGAAAUAUUUGUAAGAAUGUUCGGUAA